UUACCCCAGCUGAGGAUGGGUCGUGGCAUUGUUCAUUGUUCUGGAACACUCUAGAACCUCCAGGCAAGGGCUGGAGCCAGGGCUGCAGAGCAUUCCUUGGUCCAGCUGGGGCAGCCCUGCUCCACCCCCCUGUGGUCCUCAUGUGGAGGCUGGCACUAGGCGGGGUUUUCCUGGCAGCCGCCCAGGCCUGUGUCUUCUGCCGCCUCCCAGCCCACGACUUGUCAGGCCGCCUGGCUCGGCUCUGCAGCCAGACGGAGGCCGGGCAGAAGGAAUGUGAGGCCUCCCCGGACUUCUCGGCCUUUGCCUUAGAUGAGAUGUCUAUGAACAAAGUCACAGAGAAGACUCACAGAGUCCUGAGGGUCAUGGAGAUCAAAGAGGCUCUUUCCUCACUCCCUUCAUAUUGGAGAUGGCUUCAUAACACCAAGCUCCCUGAGUACACAAGGGAAGGUACUGACGCGGGGUGGCCUCGAGGGGAGCCCAGGGUCUCAGGCAAAGGGGUGUGUGGUGAGCAGCACAUCCAUUCACACUCCCGCCCCUUCCUUGUCUUUCAUUGCAGCUCUCUGUCCCCCCGCCUGCCGGGGCAGCACCGUGCUGUACAACUGCUCUACCUGCAAGGGGACCGAGGUGUCCUGCUGGCCUCGAAAGCGCUGCUUCCCAGGUCCUCAUGCCCACCCUUGCCCAGAUCCCUGAGUCCUUGGGCUCCCCAACUGGUCUCACCACCUCCAAGCAAAAAGUAGCUUAUGAAGACACUGAAAACCUCCCAGCCUCCAGCUCUAAGGAGUGUGCACUCCCAACUUCCACAUCCCUUGGAGGGGAACCAGCCAGCCCCUUAGUCCCAGCUCCAAAGACAGUCUUCCAGAUCCUAAAACCCAGACAUCCCUGCUUCUGCUUGGUGAGAUAAUGCAAAAACAAGAAAAUCCCAAAAAACCCAGACAUCCCCACAAUCCCAGGUCUGACGGCCUCCCAGGAACCCGGGCACCCACAGCUGGAAAGUUCCUCCCCUCUGGCCCUCAACCAAUCAGACAGCGCUGUCAACAAUGCCAGGAAAAUAUCUACAGAAGGAAAGAAUCCCCUACACCACUCCCACCACGCCCACACCCCCUUCUGCCUGUUCCCGGAAAGUGGGGGCGACUGCCCCAGAAGCGACUCCAGGCCCUCUUGUGACUGAUUGGGAAUCCAGGAAUGCGUGUUCUGGAAAACUCACCCCGCUGGAGUGAGACCACAUCAGUUGGUUCGCUGGCAUCCCUCCCUCCAUCGUGUUAACACAGUGAAACCCUGGCCUUCCUCAGAGGCCUCUGUCCUGCCAGGCCCAACUAAACCUGCUGUUCACGAUCUCUGCCCCUGCCUGGCCUCUGUCUGCAACUGGAGGGGGCAGAGGAAAAAUGGGAGACUCUCAGAGUAGCACAGUGCAUCUCAGAUGGGGGUGAUUUUGCACCCCAGUACACAUUUUGCAACAUC